AUGAGCCACAACUGUGGUGUCAAUCACGUCAAUGUGCAACCACCCUCCGAGCCGGCCUUGUCAUUUCGCCAUCAUCAUUCUGCCGACACUGGCAAUGUCACUCUUCGGCACGCUGACACUCGGUCUCUACGAAAGACUUGCGAUCGAUGCUAUCAGCAAAAGCUACGCUGUUCUGGAAAUAAACAGCCCCUAAGUCAAUGCUCCCGAUGUCGCAAAGCGGGUUUGAACUGCGUAUACAGUGCCCGAGCAAGUAGAAAGAUACCUGUCGACAGUAUUCACAGUCAGGUUGACUGGCAGUCAAUCGCGGACUCGAUGGCAUUCCCGCCAGACGAUCUGGCCCAAAUUGAUGGCGGCUUAUCGGGAUCUACUCCAACAUGGUCUCCAGACGAAUUCGUGGAUUUUGGUUCAGACCUGGCCGAUAACUUUAUACCAAGCCCUGACCCCGGGCUUGCUGGCCUCCAGCCUUCGGGCGGAGACUCGAGCUCAGGUACCUACGACUUCUUACCAGAUUUUGCCUCUGCUGAAGAUAGUGAAAGGGUGUCAUGCCUCACCUCAGGAUAUGACACCGAGCUGGUCAAAAUCUGCCAGUUGCUGGAAGACACAUUGGCUGGUAUUGUUCAAAACAGUUACACUGAUAAGGGUAUCAACGGCUGUCCAAUUGGGAAGGUGUUUGGCGUCUUCGACGCCGCCUUGAAGGUGCUGUCCACGGACUCAGACGCCACUAUAUGCGGUAGAAGGGAGGGCCAAGAGCCUAUAAAACGGUGCAUACAAGCGAAGCACGCUUUAUUAGCUGCCCAAUGCUAUGUCACUAGCGUGAGGCUUAUGUCUUAUCUUGCAGAGCAUCUACUUCGCAACCUUCGUGACUUGGCAGACUCUCCAGCGCAAGGUCCAGCCGGUAUUGCAACAACAGCAACAUUAGGCGCAUGCCCCUCUGCCCCUACCAAGCACACUUCCUCAAAUUUAACGCUGGGCGAUCUUUACUCCCGACUAGAUCCACUUGGCUACGCCCUCAACUCAGCCGUUACUAUGUUACGGAUUGGUAGCAAGUAUCUUAGCGGUAUGGAAAAAGCGCUUGCGCUACCUGUACAUCUCAUUGCUACCGCUGAGCCAUUAUCCACCAGACCGUUGCGGCGUAGGUCAGAUGAACUGGGCGUACUUACUAGAAAACAACCAAAGUUGCCCCUUACAGCCCGCUUUGUCGCUGUAAUGUGGGACGAUGAGACGGCAGUAACAGACGCAAAUCCCGUCGCUAGCUUCCGGCGUUGCUACGCCGAGAUACUGAAUCUUACACCUCGUGCCGGUCACUGA